AUCUCGAUCUCUCAAUUUUUCUCUCUAGCUCCCUCCUCUCCCUUUGUCAUUCUCUCUGCUGCCUCCGCAGCGUGCCUCCAGCUCUCCCCGUGCUAACUGCCUGCGCCUUGACAGCCGGGCUGCGCAAAGCUGAGGGAUUAGUUGGGAACUGCCUUGGUGACCCCAUGGCAUCCCCACGAACCAUAACUAUCAUGGCCCUCUCAGUGGCCCUGGGACUCUUCUUUGUUUUCAUGGGGACCAUCAAGUUGACCCCCAGGCUCAGCAAGGAUGCCUACAGUGAGAUGAAACGUGCUUACAAGAGCUAUGUCCGAGCCCUUCCUCUGCUGAAGAAAAUGGGCAUCAAUUCCAUUCUCCUUCGGAAAAGUAUCGGUGCCCUUGAAGUGGCCUGUGGCAUUGUCAUGACCCUGGUACCCGGUCGUCCCAAAGAUGUGAUUUUUGAAAUUUGGAGGACAUGGUGUGGCUAUGGACUAUUCAAAGCCCCGACAUUUGGGGAGGGGGUCCAUGUGGACAAAAUGAACAAGAUACUUGACCGCAUUAAACUCUAG